AUGGGUGCGCCUCCCAGCUUUGCGCAGCGGAGGCCUCAUGCUGCUCAGUUGGGUAGCUUCGAACUUCCACCUCCGCCAAUGCACAAAUAUCCCUUCACUAACCACGGUACCGUCCCGCAGUCGUCACAAGCGUCGACAACCAUCGCUAGUGUAGGCAAUCUUCUCACUCCCCCGAGCACCAUUCACGGCGACGUGAUAAGCCCUUCGUCGGGAGUGUCGACGAGCGGCGCGGCCUCGACAACAAUGGCCUACUCCCAAAAUUACAACCACAUCUACUCCCCACCCACACAGCAGCCUUCCUACGGCUACUCACCCGCACACUCCCAGCACAACCAAUACGGUCAAGGCCGAGGGCUGAACCCGCCACCCUAUGAGAUGAACAAUCAGCUGCCACCAUUCACGCCAUCAUCCAGCGCAUCACAUAUGCCACCGAUGCCUGCACACCACCAUCAGCCUCACCACAUGAUGAACGCGCAAACACCUGCAUCCUCAUCGGCACCUCAGCAGUCGCCAGCACUACCCCAGGACUCCUUCAGGCAACCACACCCACCAACGCCAACUUACAACUACCAGCCAUCGGGAACGCCUCAACACUCCAACUUCCCCUAUUCCACUGGGCCAUCACCGACCCAGCAGCAUAGCCAAAGCCCGAUCAGUGCUGGAGGCUCCAUGCCUAGGAUGUCGCCAGCGGUAUCGCAAGGGCAGAUGCCUUCGGUGCCAUCCAAUAACCCUGUGCAAUCGCCUUCUUACUACCAGCGACCGCCACCAUCAGCCUACGCAUCAGGACCGGCACCGGUUUUCUCCAACGUCCAGAACCCGAACGGCGGGCUUGCUUUGGUCGGUGUGCACCCUGGAAUGAUGCCUGGCUUCAACAGUGGACACGCAGCUCAAAUGCCUCACUUCAUGGGGCACAACCCCCAUCAGCAACCAGCUUCAAAUGACAGGCCAUUCAAGUGCGAUCAAUGCCCACAAAGCUUCAACCGCAACCACGACUUGAAGCGACACAAAAGGAUCCACUUGGCAGUCAAGCCGUUCCCCUGCAACCACUGCGACAAGAGUUUCUCGAGAAAAGACGCGCUGAAGCGUCAUAUUCUUGUCAAAGGCUGCGGCAAGGCUGCUGCGAACAGCGACGACACGAAGAGGGAGAGCCACUCUCCCAAGUCGGAAGCUGUCGAGUCGAAAGCGAUGCGCUAG